AUGAGUCAUUAAGGAGUACUGUCAACAAAGCAAUAAGAUGCAGCUUUCUUGAAAAUACUUAAAAAGUAAUGCAACUCGAUCUGUGCAGAUUGUUCAUCAAAGUCUCCUACUUGGGCGUCUUUGGAUUUCGGAGUUUUUGUAUGCUAUAAUUGCUCAGGUAUUUUCAAUAUUAUAUUCUUUUAGGAUAACACAGAGCCCUAGGUUAAAAUAUAACUAGAGUCAGAUCAACUAAAUUAGAUUGUUGGACUCAAGAAAAUGUUGAUAUGAUGGAUGCCUUGGGAAACGAUCAGAAUGAGUAUAUUAAUAAGAAUAAAUAUAGGUAUUGGGAAAACAGAUUGCAAAAGAAUAAUAAGAUUUAACCUUCUGCCACUCCAGAGGAAAUCAAAUUCUUUGUUUAGGAAAAGUAUGUAAGGAGAACUUGGGUAAAGUAGGGACUAGCUGAUCCAAAAACCAGAUAUACCUAAUGUCUAAUGAGUGGAGUACCUUUUAGAGUUGCAAAAACCAACACAUUUUUUAGUGAAAAUGGGAGUCAAGGUCAACAGGUAAAAGAUGAUAUGAAGCAAUUUCUUUCUACUUAACAAUAAGGAAUUCAAAGAAAUAAUAGGCAAUUUAGUAUAGACUCAAAAUCAACAUAAAAAGAUGCUAAUCUAAUCUCACCAGAUAAGGGAACUCAAUUUGAUUGGAAUUCAUUUAAUCAUUUUUCCACUGUUUCAGGGGUACCCAACAAUCAUUCAUAUUAAACCAACCAAUUGUCAAUAUUUCCUAAAAAGCAAUAAUUGAAUGAAGAUUAAUCUCCCACUUUUAAACCAAAAAAUAAUAACUUAAAUGAAUUUGAUUUAUUAACCCAUUCAACCUUAGCUGAUAAUUCAUAAUUCAUGGCUCACAACAAAGCACAUCAACCACCAUCAUAAUAAUAAACUCAUUAACAUUUCAAUAGUCACAAUCCAUAAAAUAAUACUGUAAAUUAAUAAUCGUGGGAAUAGGCUUAAAAACAGGCUCAAGUGCAAUAGUAAUAGCAAGUGAGUUAGUAAAUGAAUUACUAAUACCAACAAAACUAAGGAAUAAACCCUACAAUUAAUGGUUUCGGAACUAAUAAUUAAUAAUAGGGCUGGGGAUCAUAACCUAUAUAGUAGACUUAAUAAGUAUAGUAAUAGCCACCAUUGCAGUAUAAUUAAACAAGUAGCAAGCCUCCACUUCCAGGAAAAUAAAACGGUUAAAAUAAUUAUUAAACAACAAAUUUUGCUUAUUAAUAAUAACCUUAAGUCUAAUAAUAAGUAGCUAAUCAAAUUAAUUUUUAAACAAAUUAGUAAUAAACUUAGGUAUAGCAAUAAUAAUCUGCGAAUAAAUAGUAAUCUGCAAAUUAUUAAUAAUAAUAAUAAUAAUAAUAAUAUCAAAAUACUAAUCAAAAUUACUAAAAUAAUAUAUAAAGUUUCGGAUUUGACAAUUAAACUAAUAAUGCUGCUAAUAAUAAUUAGUAGAUAUAUUAAGGUUUUAAUAAUUUCUCCUUUUAAACAAAUCAAAAUAAUAAUAAUAAUACUAAUAAUAAUAACACUAAUUUUUAUAAUAACUAAUAAUUCAAUAGUUUUGAUGCAACAAACUAAUUUUAAAAUUAAAAAUACUAAAAUAAUCCAUUUGCAAAAGAUGUAUCAGACAUAAGGAACCUUUAUAAUACUCAAUAGCCGAGCAAGUAUGAUUAAUUGAGAAACAAUCCUUUUGUUUGA